AUGUCUGCUGAAAAGAAGCCUGCCUCUAAAGCCCCAGCUGAGAAGAAGCCAGCUGCCAAGAAAACUUCCUCUGCCGUCGAUGGUUCCAAGAAGAGAACAAAGGUCAGAAAGGAGACUUACUCCUCUUACAUUUACAAAGUACUAAAACAAACACAUCCAGACACCGGUAUCUCUCAAAAGUCCAUGUCUAUUUUGAACUCUUUUGUUAACGAUAUCUUUGAAAGAAUUGCUACCGAAGCCUCCAAAUUGGCUGCAUACAACAAGAAAUCUACCAUCAGUGCUAGAGAAAUACAGACUGCUGUUAGAUUGAUCUUGCCAGGUGAAUUGGCCAAGCAUGCCGUCUCUGAAGGUACCAGAGCUGUCACAAAAUACUCUUCCUCCACUCAAGCUUAA